CGUUUCCUUUUUAGCAUUUAUCGAGAGAGAAGUGUAAAAUGUACAGUUACUCUUUUCUCUCACUCACGAUUGCGGAGCCAAAAAGUAGAAAGAAUACAAAAUAAUACAGUGAAUACUUACUGAUUCCUAUAUACCACCAUCAACAACAACACAGAAGCUAGAAAAAGAGAUAUUUCUUUUUGUUUCUCUCAAGAGAAAAAACUCCUUUUCUAAGUUUUUAACAGAUUAAAAAGGGGUUUCCUUUCUGCUGUUUUAAUCAAUCGAAACUCAAACCAAUUAACAAACCCAAACCCCUUUUUUUUUCUUAACUAUUCUCAGAUCCACUGGAGAGGUUUGGGUAUUAAUUAAAUAAAUAAUGGAAAGAAGUGUACUUGGAAGAAGAACCGAAGGAGAAUAACGAGAACCAGAAGACUAUGACAAUUUCUGUUCUCUGUACUUUACAGUUGUUUUUAUUGAUUGAAUGGUUUUUUAGUUGUUGUAAAGAGAUAUAGAGAGUGCUUUUUAUUCUGAUUUCAUACUACAGAAAAAAGUUGUUAGAGAGAAGAAGGUAUGGAGAUGGAGAUGGAGAUGGAGAGAAGAGGUAUGGAAAUGGAUAGUGAGAACCACCAGGUUGGGUCUGUAUUGACAGGUGAUACUAGAGGAAAACAUAGGAUUCUUGCUGAACUUAAAAGACUUGAACAAGAAACUCGAUCUUUGGAGGAAGAACUGGAAGAACUCGAGAAAACAGAGAAAGUCUCUGCAGCAUGCAGGGAAUUGUUGCUUAACGUAGACGCUAGACCAGACCCACUUCUCCCAGAAAUGCAUGGCCCAGCAAAUCCAUUCUGGGAUAGGUGGUUUGAAGGACCUCCAAACUCACAAGGUUGUAGAUGCUGGGUACUCUGAAUCACAUUCUUCUGGAGAUUUUAAAUCCCAUUCUCCAUCUAUUAGCCUAUAUAGGCUCAAAGGAUUAUUUUUCCUCGUCUUUUUUAUUUCUCCUUUUCCUUUCCGAUAUUUGGGAGUGAAAGAUUGUUUAUUGAGGCAAGUGUAGGGUUUGAUACAUUCGUAAAUAUUAAGUGUAAUGCCAUUGUGAUUUAUGCACAAAGAUGAAGAAUUUUUUCCAUAAAAUCAAAAUGAAAAUACAAGUUGUUCUUUCACAAGAAA